GAAGUCAGCACUGAGUCCCAGAAAAACAGAGCGGGGCCAGCUGCAGCGUGUAGUGCGAGUGGGGCGGACGCGCGCAGCCCGCCUGCCCGGCGACCAGCAAGGAGUUGGCAUCCUUUGGAAGAGUUCGUGAAACCUUUCUGCCCAGAGCUCCUGGACCAAUGCAUCUUCCCACCACCUUAAACCACUGAGCAGUUCAGAGCCCCAGUUGCAGACGACUUGUCCUGCCACCACCAUGAGCUCUGAAUGUGAUGGUGGUUCCAAAGCUGUGGUGAAUGGCUUGGCACCUGGCGGCAAUGGUCAAGACAAAGACAUGGAUCCUACAAAAAUCUGCACUGGGAAGGGAGCGGUGACUCUCCGGGCCUCGUCUUCCUACAGGGAAACCCCAAGCAGUAGCCCUGUGAGCCCUCAGGAAACCCCGCAACACGAAAGCAAACCAGGUCUGGAGCCAGAGCCUUCUUCAGCAGAUGAGUGGAGGCUUUCUUCCAGUGCUGAUGCCAAUGGAAAUGCCCAGCCAUCUUCACUUGCUGCCAAGGGCUACAGGAGUGUGCAUCCCAAUCUUCCUUCCGACAAGUCCCAGGAUGCCACUUCCUCCAGUGCAGCCCAGCCAGAGGUAAUAGUUGUCCCUCUCUACCUGGUUGAUACUGACAGAGGGCAAGAAGGCACUGCCAGACCUCCAGCACCUCUGGGGCCUCUUGGCUGCGUCCCCACAAUCCCAGCGACCGCCUCUGCCACCUCACCUCUGACCUUCCCGACUCUAGAUGAUUUCAUUCCCCCUCAUCUGCAGAGGUGGCCCCACCACAGCCAGCCAGCCCGCACCUCUGGCUCCUUUGCCCCCAUUAGCCAGACGCCACCAUCCUUCUCACCACCACCUCCACUGGUCCCUCCUGCCCCGGAGGACCUCCGCAGAGUCUCGGAGCCUGACCUCACGGGAGCCGUUUCGAGUACCGAUUCCAGUCCUCUACUAAAUGAAGUUUCUUCUUCCCUUAUUGGAACUGAUUCCCAAGCCUUUCCACCAGUUAGCAAGCCUUCAUCCGCCUAUCCCUCCACAACGAUUGUCAAUCCGACUAUUGUGCUCUUGCAGCACAAUCGAGAACAGCAAAAACGACUCAGUAGCCUUUCAGAUCCUGUCUCAGAAAGAAGAGUGGGAGAGCAGGACUCAGCACCAACCCAGGAAAAACCCACCUCACCUGGCAGGGCUGCUGAAAAAAGAACAAAGGAUGACAGUAGGCGGGUGGUGAAGAGCGCUCAGGACCUAAGCGAUGUUUCCAUGGAUGAAGUGGGCAUCCCACUCCGGAACACUGAGAGAUCAAAAGACUGGUACAAGACUAUGUUUAAACAGAUCCACAAACUAAACAGAGAUGAUGAUUCAGAUCUGUACUCUCCCAGAUACUCAUUUUCUGAAGACACAAAAUCUCCCCUUUCUGUGCCUCGCUCAAAAAGUGAGAUGAGCUACAUUGAUGGUGAGAAGGUAGUCAAGAGGUCGGCCACGCUACCCCUCCCAGCCCGCUCUUCCUCACUGAAGUCAAGCCCAGAAAAAAAUGACUGGGAACCCCCAGAUAAGAAAGUAGAUACAAGAAAAUACCGUGCAGAGCCCAAAAGCAUUUACGAAUAUCAGCCGGGCAAGUCUUCCGUUUUGACCAACGAAAAGAUGAGUCGGGAUAUAAGCCCAGAAGAGAUAGAUUUAAAGAAUGAACCUUGGUAUAAAUUCUUUUCGGAAUUGGAGUUUGGGAAACCGCCUCCCAAAAAGAUAUGGGAUUAUACUCCUGGAGACUGCUCUAUCCUUCCUAGAGAGGAUAGAAAGACUAAUCUAGACAAAGAUCUCAGCCUCUGCCAGACAGAGUUAGAGGCAGAUUUAGAAAAAAUGGAGACGCUUAAUAAAGCACCCAGUGCAAACGUGCCACAGAGCUCAGCCAUCAGCCCCACUCCGGAAAUUUCUUCAGAGACUCCUGGAUAUAUAUAUUCUUCCAACUUCCAUGCAGUGAAGAGGGAAUCAGAUGGGGCUCCUGGGGAUCUCACUAGCUUGGAGAAUGAGAGACAAAUUUAUAAAAGUGUCUUGGAAGGUGGCGACAUCCCUCUUCAGGGCCUGAGUGGGCUCAAGCGACCAUCCAGCUCGGCUUCCACUAAAGAUUCAGAAUCGCCAAGACAUUUUAUACCAGCUGAUUACUUGGAAUCCACAGAAGAAUUUAUUCGAAGACGUCAUGAUGAUAAAGAGAAACUUUUAGCGGACCAGAGACGACUUAAGCGCGAGCAAGAAGAGGCUGAUAUUGCAGCUCGACGCCACACGGGCGUCAUUCCGACGCACCAUCAGUUUAUCACUAAUGAGCGCUUUGGGGACCUCCUCAAUAUAGACGAUACCGCCAAAAGGAAAUCUGGGUCAGAGAUGAGACCUGCCAGAGCCAAAUUUGACUUUAAAGCUCAGACACUAAAGGAGCUUCCUCUGCAGAAGGGAGAUAUUGUUUACAUUUAUAAGCAAAUUGAUCAGAACUGGUAUGAAGGAGAACACCACGGCCGGGUGGGAAUCUUCCCACGCACCUAUAUUGAGCUUCUUCCUCCUGCUGAAAAGGCUCAGCCCAAAAAGUUGACACCAGUGCAGGUUUUGGAAUAUGGAGAAGCUAUUGCUAAGUUUAACUUUAAUGGUGAUACACAGGUAGAAAUGUCCUUCAGAAAGGGUGAGAGGAUAACACUGCUCCGGCAGGUAGAUGAGAACUGGUACGAAGGGAGGAUCCCGGGGACAUCCCGACAAGGCAUCUUCCCCAUCACCUAUGUGGAUGUGAUCAAGCGGCCACUGGUGAAAAACCCUGUGGAUUACAUGGACCUGCCUUUCUCCGCCUCCCCAAGUCGCAGUGCCACUGCAAGCCCUCAGUUUUCCAGUCACAGCAAGCUCAUCACGCCAGCACCCUCAUCUCUGCCCCACUCCCGCCGAGCCCUGUCCCCCGAGAUGCACGCCGUCACCUCUGAGUGGAUCUCGCUGACUGUGGGGGUCCCAGGCAGGCGUUCUCUGGCCCUGACCCCACCCUUGCCUCCUCUGCCAGAGGCUUCUGUCUAUAACACUGACCACCUCGCCUUGUCACCAAGGGCCAGUCCCUCCCUGUCUCUCAGCCUCCCCCAUUUGAGUUGGUCAGAUCGUCCCACCCCACGGUCAGUAGCUUCUCCACUGGCCCUACCUUCCCCACACAAAACCUAUGCCCUAGCACCCGCUUCCCAGGCUUCCCUUCACAUGAAUGGAGACGGUGGUGUCCACACGCCAUCUUCAGGCAUCCACCAAGAUAGCUUCUCGCAGCGGCCACUGGGGAGCUCUGAUAGUGUCGUCUCCCAGCUUAGUGAUGCCUUUAGCAGCCAGAGCAAGAGGCAGCCAUGGCGCGAAGAGAGUGGACAAUAUGAGAGGAAAGCAGAGAGGGAGGCAGGCCAGAGAGGCCCUGGCGGACCCGAGAUCUCUAAGAAGAGCUGCUUGAAGCCUUCAGACGUGGUCAGGUGCCUGAGUACUGAACACAGACUCUCAGAUCUCAACACCCCUGAGGAGAGCCGGCCCGGCAAGCCCCUGGGUAGCGCUUUUCCAGGAAGUGAGGCUGAGCAGACAGAGCGGCAUAGAGGUGGCGAGCAGGCGGGGAGGAAAGCUGCUCGGAGAGGUGGGAGCCAGCUUUCUCAUCAUUCAUUGAGAGCAGGACCUGAUCUCACAGAAUCUGAAAAGAGCUAUGUGCAACCUCAAGCCCAGCAGCGAAGAGUCACCCCCGACAGGAGUCAAACCUCACAAGAUUUAUUUAGCUAUCAAGCAUUAUAUAGCUAUAUACCACAGAAUGAUGAUGAGUUGGAACUCCGCGAUGGAGAUAUCGUUGAUGUCAUGGAAAAAUGUGACGAUGGAUGGUUUGUUGGUACUUCAAGAAGGACAAGGCAGUUUGGUACUUUUCCAGGCAACUAUGUAAAACCUUUAUAUCUAUAAGAAGACUGAAAACCAUGGAGAUUAUUUUUAUUGGAGGAUGAAGCAUCAUUCAUGAACCGAUCUUUUUAGUUGAGUCAGUAGGAAAAUUAAUACAGUGGAUAAAGUAAGAAGCAAAAGACAGGGACAGAGAAGUGUUGUGUUUAAAAUCCAAGCCUGUCUAAGGUUACUGUAUAUUAGACAGGGCUGAACUAGUGUGCUGAACAAAAAGAAUUGAGACAAACUGUAUUUACUUAGCCGCUUCUGGGAGCCACUCCAGCCUUUCCCCUCCCCUCCACCUCUUGGGUAAUCUGACCUGAAGCAUAGUCCGGGAUCAGAGUUAGCCAGAAAUGCCUCCUCCUGCCCCAGCCUUAGAGAGCUCCCAUCUCAAAGGAAUCAUUGAUCCUGAAGGCUUCAAGCCCAAUAAUGCACUAAGAUCCCCAGCCUACAUUUCCCAGCUCCCCUGGAGCCAGGUGAUCCUCUAACUGCUGGAGGUCAGUCUGGGCUGCCAAUACGGUCCCCUAGACAAAGGUGGAGUCCCCCAAACUGCCCCAAGACCAAAUCCCUCACUCAACCUGCUGAGGUGUGGAUGGGGAAACGGAGGCAAAACUUAGGCGCCCGAUGCAUUCAGCCUGCUGUGUAGCAGCGCCGUUGACUGCCCUGGUGUUCAGACAGAAAAGCACACAAGGUUUGCCCAUGAGAACUGGGGAGCAGAUGGCCAAGCAGAUAGGUUAUGUCUGUUUUCUGAGUGAUGAAGUCAGGAAGCCCUGUGGCUCUGGAGGCCACUUGUGGUUCAUUCUUUUCCCAUAUUGUUGGCUUUUAGAAAUGGUUGCCUUCAGGACAGCGCAGCUGCAUUUAUCAGAGCACUGUUGCUAACUUUUCUUUUCUGGCUUGUGUUUGCCUGGGACAGUUUGGAAUUGGGAGGCCUAUUCUCAUAGAAAACCAAAAAUGAUGUUCAGUCAUUCAUUUAACAUACAGCAAUGUACGCUGGCUGCUGGGGGGAUAACCAUAAGCAAGACAUGCCCAGGGUUUGCUGUGGCUCCAGAUCUACUCCCUGUAGGAGUUCAAGGAUCACACAAAAUGUAGUAACCAGGAUUGUGAAUCUGAGUACACCCUGGCAAGGCUUCUCUUCAGACUGAAGCAGCAAUUCUGCCACUACCAGCAGCAACCAGGACGUCUGUUCUUUGUGGCGGCCAGAUCAGAAGAAAGAAGCCCCUGUGACACCUGGGGUACUUGGUCACAACUCUAUCCAACUCAAGGACGUUUAUCGGCCUCUCUUAGACCCCUGAGUGAGACAAAUACAGAAAUGACCCAUUCCCUGCCCACCAGGAACUCGAGGUGAUUGGGGAGACAGACACAGGAAAAUGAACUUGAUCAAGAGAGACUGUGAUAAGUGCUGAGAAGGGUGUGAGGGAGGAAGAGAUGAAUUUUCCCUGGAGGAAUCCUAGAAAGCAUUGUCAUAUUUCCAUCUCCAUUAGCUCACUUUUAAACAACUAGGGUGCUGGAAGAACCUUUGUCUGAGGGUAGUUCAUAGCUGGAAAUACCUGGAAUAUUUUCCAGAGUCUCCAAACUGUCAUCUUCCCCCACGGAUACACAUCCAAGCUCACAAAUAGGAGUAACAAUUAUAGGUGGUAGGGUUGUAUACAGGAAGCCCUGGCUGUCUGCAUAUAGCUCAGAAUUACCCCAGGACCAUUGUCCCAAAGUCUAGAGUCUUUACAGGUAGGCAAAAUUUGUUUUCAAUGCCUGUGGCUCAGCUGCUGUCACAAAUACCCAUCUUAGGAUCCCACCAGCUUCCCACCCUCCACCAGACAGCUGCAGUACCCUCACUUUCUCCCUAUUGUUCUUUCAAAUCCUGUUCUCAGGAAAGAAACUGCCACUAAUUCAUUUACACUAAGGUGUAAAUAAUUGAUAAUAGGAAUGAGUUACCUCUUCCCACAGACAUUUGUUUCUAAGUAUGACAGAGCAGGGCCUUAAUCCCAAGGGAAAAGGCUAUGGAACUGAAGGGGGUGAGCUUUCUGGGUAGAAGGAGACUUCCUGAUUUUCCUUAAGACCCAGUAAGAGUAAGACGUAUUGCUUUGGAAGGUCUGCUCCACCAUCUAAGAGCACUGGUUUUUUGUUAUUGUUGUUGUUUUCUUUUUUUUUUACUGUCUCUGAGGGAAUAUAGUGAAAAUGCAUAUGCACGUUGCAAUUUGCACGGCAGCAUUUCACCGAUUUUGGAAUGUAUUGGCUAAUGUGUUUCCUGGUCUUUAGAUGCAAACGAUUGAUAACACUAUCUUAUCUAAUAGUUUUUUGAGGGGUGCUUCUUGAUUAAGUAGGUAAUUUUGAACACCUCUUUAAAUACAGCUAGAAAAUAAAACCAAUUUGUAAAGCCACAUUUGCAUAUGAUGCCAGCCUCACGCAUUUGUAUAUCUCCAGAAAUUCAGGUAUGCCUCACCAAUUUGCCCGUCUUUAAUGAAAUCAUGUGUUAAAAUUUGCAUCACGUCGCCUUCCUAUGUAUGAUGAAGCAAGGAACAGAGGUUUCCAAUUGCUCUUUUGUCUUCAGACAUUUAGUAAUAGAAAGUACCUAUUUUUAUGCUGAAAUGUUUAUACAGGUUUAUUAAUAGCAAGUGCUACUAACUGGCGGCAUGCCUGCAGCACAUUUUGAUAUAUUAGCCAUGCUUCCAGGUAAAGGCAAGCCCCAAACUCCUUAUCUUUUGCAGUCUCUCUGGGAUCAGUAAAAGAAAAAAAAAAAUCAUGUGCUUAAGAAGUGGGACUGUAAAUAUGUAUAUUUAACUUUGUAUAGCCCAUGUACCUACCUUGUAUAGAAAAAUAAUUUUAAAAAUUUGAAUGGAAGGGGGUAAGGUAAGGAAGUCAUGAAGUUUUUUUGCAUUUUUAUUUAAAUGAAGGAAUUCCAAAUAACUCACCUACAGAUUUUUAGCACAAAAAUAGCCAUUGUAAAGUGUUAAAAUUUACGAUAAUUAUUCUAUUGGGGAGGGAAGGUAACUAUGAUCUCGGUUAUAGUUUUUUUCCUUUUUAAUUUCAUUAUUUUGGUUUUUUGGUUUUUGCAGUCCUAUUUAUCUGCAGUCAUAUUAAGUCCUAUUGCUAGCAUAGGUUACUACAAAAAAAGAUUAUAUUCUGAAAGAAAAAUAACUGACAUAUAUAACCAAUUAAUUUAAAGUAUUACCAUUUAAAUUACAUACUGAGAGCAUGUCCUAUGCAGACACAGAUUUUUCUGUUCGUUUAUUUUUCUUCAUUGCAGUGGAUUGAUUUGAUAAAUAGAUGUGUUGAAUUACUACAUUUGCUGUACAUAUUAUUUAAUAAACUUUAUUCAGAAUUGCGUGGCA